ACACACUUUGUUAAAAAAACGUGCGAAAAACAACAAAACAAAAAUCCAUUGCUUUUUUUCUUCAAAAUUAAUUUUGAUUUUGAUUUUUGUUGUAUCAUCAUCAUCAUCAUCAUUAUCAUUAUCAGUGUGAUAUGUGUGUAUGUCACAUUGGUGAAUAUCAAUACCACACCAUCAACAAAUACAAAACGAGCUUUCUUUUUUCAUUUGAUUUUUGUUGUUGAAUGUCUUUUCGUCAUAUUUAUGAGUGGUAAUCGAAAAUCGAAUUGAUUUUUUUGUUUUGUUUUCAAGUUUUAAACACGGUGUUUUGGUGGUCAGAAUUUUCUAAAAAAGCAAAAUUUUUCUAUUGUAGAAAAUCAAAUGUUGAUUAAUGAAAAAAUGGAUUCAUUACGUGAACAAGUGAUGAUAAAUCAAUUUGUUGUUGCAGCCGGAUGUGCACAUGAUCAAGCUAAACAAUUAUUACAGGCUGCACAUUGGCAAUUUGAGACUGCAUUAAGUAUAUUUUUACAAGAUUCACCAAUUUCUGUACAUCAUCAUCAUGGUAAUAAUCAUUUUCAGAUGUGUACACCAGCCAAUACACCGGCAACACCACCGAAUUUUCCCGAUGCAUUAUUACAAUUUUCAAAAUUAUCAACAAAUAAUCAACAAGAUAUAUCAUCAUCAAUACCACAACGAACAUUUAAUAAUUCAAGUCAACAACAUUCAUCACCAAAUGGUCCAGGAAGACAUAAUCAUAAUCAUCAUCGAAAUCAAAAUCAAAAUAUUAAUCAUAAUCAUCAUAAUCAUUCAUCAACGACACAACAACAACAACAACAAUUACGUUCAUCACCAUUUAUAAACAUUUCAUCAUCAUCAUCAACAACAAAAACAACACCUUAGAGCCUUUUGGAACACACACAAGCAAAACAAAUGUCCACAUAAAUAACAUGAUAAUCCCCCCAUAUAUAAUCCAUUUAAUCAGUUAGCAAAUUUUUGAUUGUUUGUUUUUUUUCUUUUGUUUUUUUUCAUUUCAGAAUCCUAUAUCCUUAUCAAUGAAUAUGAAUUUGAAUAUUGGAUUCUUUUUGCUUGCUCUCUUCAAUUGUGUCAAAUAUUUUUUUUAAAAUUAAUUUACGAAUUGCACAAACAAAACAAAAACAAAUUAACACUUAAACACUCUCAAGAUAAAAGAUUUUACAUUUUAUUCUAAUUUGAUCAUCACAUCACAUCUCUUCCCACAAACAAACACAUCACACAUACAUCACAUUAUAAUUUGUUGUUCAAAUUCAAAUACAAAAAAAAAUAUUCUUAUCAUCUUCUUAUAUUUGAUUAUCUGAUUCUAUUCAAUUUUUUGGAUAUUAACAAUCAACAAUCUCGUGUAUAAUCUUU